AUGAAACUGAUCGCUGCGGCUCUCAUUUUCUUGUGCGCUGUGGUGGGAGCGGUUCCUGCCUUUGUCGUGCUGCGGCGGCAGCAGCAACAGCAGCACCAACAGACCAAUCUCUUGUGUGCAGGCAGAAGGGGAACUUGCACUGCUAUCCCUUCUUGUUGCGGCAGCAACUACGGGGCAGCCGGCUCAGCCUGCUGUUUUGGCGCCUCGCCCUUCUACGUGCGCGCUGCCACUGUCUAUACAGCCGGGAUUGUGGCUGCUGUCUCGCUGCUGCAUCUGCUGCCCGCUGCGGAGCGGCAGCUCUCUGAGAUUAUGGAGACAGACGACUUUGAGGGUCGUCAAGGAAGUAGACAAAAGGCAACUUUAUACCCGGCGGGGCCUCUCUGCUGCCUGAUAGGCCUCCUGCUCUCGGCUGCGCUCGAAGCUGUUGUUGAGCAGAUGCAGGAGCAGCCGCAGCGUGAUGGGGAAGCGAGAGUUUCGUGCGACAGUCUUAGCGUCUUUAGCCACAGCAAAGAAGAGGCCUUUUCUCCAAGCGUUCCUGUGCCUUUGCAGCCAGCAGGAGCAAGGAAUGCAUGCCCUCAGACUGUCCACACGCAGUUGCGACACAGUAGAGGGACUGCCGCUCCGUCUUCGGCUCCUGCAUCGUCUGUUGCCGAUGGCGAAAAAAGGGCUUCUUUCUGGUGCGAGGAAGACGUAGGAGGGGCAGAAGCAGCUUCGUAUGGGGAGGCUGACUUGAACACGGAGUUGAUCGGUGGCUGUUCACAGUCUCUCAGGAGGCUUGGGGGCCCCUCUGACCUUCCAACGAACUCUCCUCGGGUUUCUGCGGGGCCUCCGUCGGUGGCCAACUCCAAGGCAUUCUUUCUGGGAAGUCUGUUGCUGGCCGGUCUGUCUGUACACUCCGUGAUGGAGGGCCUCACUCUGGGAGCCGCUCCAAACCCUGCUACCAUCGCGCUCGCGAUCUUGUUGCACAAGACUCUGGAAGCCUUCGCCGUCGGCAGUUCUCUUCUGCACGUUCGGGUGUCUCUCCGGAGUUACGUCUUCCAAAUGCUGCUGUAUGCACUGACGGCUCCAAUUGGCGUUGCCGGCGGGCUGUUCUUCCUUUACGGCUCUCAAGGGAGCCUCUCUGGCGCUGGACGGGAAGGGAAGUCUUCUUCGCCGUAUCUACGGUUGAUCCCGGGAGUAAUUACUGGCCUUGGGGCCGGUGCCUUUCUCCACGUGGGGCUUUUAGAGAUCCUAGCGAGCGAGUUGCAGAGGUGUCGCAGAGAGAGGCGGCAAGAUCUGCUGCCCAUGAUUAGCUUGACGGCUUUCGGGGCGCUUUGUAUGGCCGUCGUCUAG